CUAUUAUUAUUAUUACUAACAUAAACAAUUCACAAUUUUUUUAAAGUAAAAGUUCAGUUAAGAGUACAGGAAGUGUUUUUCCUAUUUGUACUCCAUUUCCCAUGAUGCCCCUGGGCUUUUUCCUGACAGCUACGUCAUGUGUUUUCCUUCGUCACGCGGAGCUGAAGCGGGGAACAUGGCAGACGAGGAGGACUCGGCGCCGGAGCCCGCCGCCGCCGUCUCUCCCCCGGGGAGCCCUCAGGUCGGGCGGCCUCACUCAGUGUCCUUCUCGGAGAGCUUCCAACCGGCCGUCGGGAUGAUGAGCCAGCUGCUCAGCCAGCCGUCGUCCCUGAAGUUCGACAAAAACAUCAAGCAGGCCUUCUACAACACCGGAGCGAUGAUCUUCGUGGCGAUCUGCUGCGGGGCGGCCGUGCUGGUCUACUUCAUCCUGGAGGCCUUCCUCCGGCCGCUGCUCUGGGCGGUGCUCUGCGGGACCUUCCUCCAUCCCUUCAAGUACUCCCUGGCUCGGCUUGGCCGCUCGUGGCUCAGCGGCCUGCAGGACACCGGGACCCCCAUCGUGGUGGGGACCCUGCUGGUCCCGGUGUGGUGCGUCAACUACGGGGUGGAGACGAUGGGCCGGCUGGUACUGGAGAGGCUGACAGUGCUGCUGGUGAUCGGGGCCGGGGCGCCGCUGGUCUACUUCCUCUACCAGUUCUGGAGGGUCAUCGGGAUGCAGGUGAUCCUCGGACACGUCUGUGCGGUCAUCGGGGCCGCGCUGGACUGUUUCCACGCUGUGUGGGUUUGCACUGUCGUCGUUGGCUAUUUGCUGGCGGUUUGCUUUAAGUGGAGCCCCCAGACCGAGCGCUACCUCAGGGCCGUGGCUCUGCCGGUCUGGGCCGUGCUGCUCUUCUUCAUCGUGUCUCUGACUGGCUCGUGGAGAGUUCCCAUAUUUGUGGUUGUGGUUGUUCUCCUUAUCGUGGGCUCUCAAGAGAAACCGCCUGUUUCUAACCGAGGAGAGCUGUCGGGGCAGAUGCUGUCGUUUGCUGCUAACACUAUUUACAUGGCAAUAUCCUGUAGCAACUUUCAGGCUAAAACUCGGUCCAGAGAAAACUCCAGCACAGAUGGCAUCCAGACAUUGGAUCCCGUCACUGCCACCCCUGGGUUCCCUCGAGGUUCCCGUUCGUUACCAGCCGGCCUCUUCCAGAGAGAGCAGGGCUCCCAGAGAGCCAGCGAUAUCUACUUCAUCCUGCUGGUCUGGGCCAUCGUUCUGGUUCAGGUGUGGCUCAACCUCUGGAUCCUGCAGCUGCUGCCGAUCCCCGUGGCCGUUUGGGUGCUGAAGAAACUGGUGGUCCGCUUUGGUCUGAAGAGCUUUGCAGAGCGAACUCUCUCCUCGUGGUGGACGGUGUUGGAGAGGUUUGGACGUGAGCGCGAGGAGGCCUUGCUGCCCGGACCGAUCAAAGGACUGGCUCAGUUCCUGCUGCGUAUCGACACUAAGCUCUGGCAUUGGCUUAACAAGCAGAUGAUUGUGUGGUUGGAGCGAUCUCUGGAUAAAAUCAUCAGUAUCUUCAUCAUCUUCCUCCUGGUCACAGGGACGCUGCUCAUGGCGCUGCUGCUGACCGCAAUGGUACACCAUGAAAGUGCUCACAUCAUCGACGUAACCAGCAACCUCAUCAACGAGACUGUUUCUAACCAUCCAGAAUGGGCCAAUUGGCUUCCAGAGGCUCGUGUGGUGCAGAAAGCUCUGAAUUCAGCUGCUACUAAUGUUUAUCAGCAUGGGAGAGAAUGGAUAACGCAAAAGCUUCAUAAGAUGUUAGGAGACAAAGUGAACCACACUGCCGUCAUUGAGAAGCAGGUUUUGGAGCUUUGGGACCGACUGUACCACUCCUGGUUUGUGAAGAAUGUGACCCACUCAGGACGGCACCGUGGACAGAAGAUGAUGGUUCAGAGGCACAACAGCUGGUUAGGGGACAUCCUGGACUGGAAGGACAUCGCUUCUUUUCUGCAGGAAAAUAUCGAGACUCUGCUAUCUAUCCUGGAGUCUCUGUGGGUGGUAAUGAGCAGAAACGUCGGCCUCCUCAUCUCCACCACGACAACUCUGUUCACCGUCUUGUUCCACAGCGGCACGGCGCUGCUCAACUUCGCACUGAGUCUGGUGAUCUUCCUCACCACUCUCUUCUACCUGCUCAGCUCCAGCGGGGAAUACUACAAACCGGUUAAAUGGGUGAUCAGCCUGACGCCUCUCUCCCAGCCCGGACCCUCCUCCAACAUCAUCGGCCAGUCUGUGGAAGAAGCCAUCAGAGGAGUGUUCGACGCCUCUCUGAAAAUGGCCGGCUUCUACGGCCUCUACACUUGGCUCACUCACACCAUCUUUGGCAUCAACGUCGUCUUCAUACCUUCUGCUCUGGCCGCCAUCCUGGGAGCGGUGCCGUUCCUGGGGACGUACUGGGCCGCCGUGCCGGCCGUGUGCGACCUGUGGUUGGCUCAAGGCGAAGGCGUGAAGGCCCUGCUGCUGCUCAUCUGCCACCUGCUGCCCACGUAUUUUGUAGAUACGGCCAUCUACUCCGACAUAUCAGGUGGUGGACACCCGUACCUGACUGGCCUGGCGGUGGCGGGCGGAGCUUAUUAUCUGGGUCUGGAGGGGGCGAUCAUCGGGCCGAUCCUGCUCUGCAUCCUGGUGGUGGCAGCCAACAUCUACAGCGCCAUGCUGAUGAGUCCCAGCUCUGCUUUGCCGACGCCGGUCCAGCCCACCUGGCCUCUGCACCCCAUGAGGACCUUCGCAGAGUCGACGCCGUCCGUCACAAAGAAGCCGACUGAGUGACAGCGGGUGGGACGUUAUCUGGGUUCCCAUUGGCUGAUUCCUCAGGAGAAGCACUCCCCUCCUGUCGCCGCCCGGCUCAAUUGGCUCGCCAAGAAGAGACGGCGGCGUAGCGGCUGCUCGUUUGUGAUGCUGAGCAACACGGCAGCAGCUCCUUUAAUCCAGCGCUCUAAAAAAAAAACAAGCAAAGUAACCCCAAACUUGAACCAACAACAUCGGAUUGGGUUUAUGUUCGUGUGCGGUACAAACGCCAAUCAUACGAUCUCUCUGAACUCGGUGCCUGAAUUCAUUUUAUACUAUUGAGAGAUGCCUAAAAAUUACUCUGUGGUUUGUGGUGAAUUGUAAGAAGAUCUAUUUUAUCUACGAAGCCCCUGAUCUCCGCCCUGCACCCCCCAGGCUACGCUGUGUGGUUGUGCACUGUUUAAACUCCUACCUCUCCCCUCAUGGAGGCUCCAGGAGAGUCUGCAGUGAAAGUUGGUUUGUUUCCAGAUGAACCGAACACAGAAGUCUUCGUGUCCGGCUCAAGAGAAGCAGUUUUUUUUUUCUUCUAAGUUUAACUUAUUAAUUUACCUUUCGACGUCAGCUGUGAGUUUGCAACACUAGCUUCAAUAAAUACUCGGGAGGGCUGAGCUACGAAGCAAGCUUUGGAGUAAAUUCACGGUUUCUGCAAGACUGAUGGAGCAGAUAGGAGGUACAUAUAGCACAGGCAUUCUGGAGAUCGUAGAGCUUCCUGCUGUGUUUGUGUCCCGUUAAUAGAAAGCAUUAAACAAAUCGUGAAAAGCUACUUUCCUGGAACGUUCGGUACAAACCGUUAUAAAUUUGGACCUACAAAUUUAGAAUAGAUGAAAUGUAUAUGCCGAUCCUUGCGUAAAGCUUGAAUUAACCUUCAGCUAGCUAACUUAAGGUUUAACGCUGACUUUUUAAGGCUACGAAGCAGAUUAUGUUCAAGAUAGUCAGACUUUAUGGAUGUAGACUUCAGGUAUAAGCCUGCAGGUUUCACUGUAUAUUUUACAUUUGCUUUCUUUUCGCCCCCAUCUGCCUGUUACUAAUUUCAAAAUCCCCUUUACUACAGAAAACUGCAACAGUUUUCUUAACCAAUAGAUUUGUAGCGUUAUCAAUCAAUAACACGAAUUGAGUGCAUUGACAACGCUCUUUUUCUCAUAUCAUAGCUAUUCGGUCAUUAUCCAUUAACCAUCACAGAAAACUUUCCCAUGGUGCCCCUUUGCUACCAAAACUCCCACAUUUCUUGACGACAAAGAACUGCCCAGACUGUGACCGCCUCAGUAGCUACACCUAUUAAACAGUGAGAAGCUCCACCUGGUGGUGCAAACAGAUACUACAGCUAAUCGUCACUACUUUGCAGGGGCACUGUUCCUGCAUCCUGGGCUUAGCUUCUUUUAAGUUUAAAAAAAGAAAAAUUCUCAGUCAGCAGAAUGAUAAUGAGGUGCAGUCAGACCAUUGUUCAGUGCUGUGGAGAAUGGUCUGACUACGCAGGAUUACAGUUGAGAUAACUGGGAUAAAAAUCUGAGCUAGAAGUUUUUAGCGUCAGAUUUUCAGUGAAGGGGGCGUAAUCUUCCUUGCUUUAUUUUUUAUACAUAAUUAGACAUUUUAUGUUUCUGUAAGCCUCUGUAUAGUGAUAUCAUCCUAAGACAGAGACCGAAAACAGGACUAAAGCCUUGUUGACGAUAUAAAAUUUGCAGUGAGCCUUCUUAACGGUUUAAAUGACAUUUUGAAAUUUGUUCUUUCCUUGCUCCCGAAACUGUUCAACACUACCUGAUUGCAGCUGAAAGAGUGAGGCAGUUUUCCUUCCUGCCCUGUUUCCUUUAGCUUGUAUGGUAGUUUUAGGAUUACAGUUGGUUCUUCUUGUCCAUGUUUUUCAUGUAAAUGUGCUUGUAGCCAGAUUCAUAAACGCUGGUUGACUGAAUGAGUUUUUAGUUCAACCUGACUGAUGUUUGGUCUAGUGAAGCCAGAUGACAAAGAAAUCCUGGAUUUGUUGAACUUGCUUCGUAGCACAGGCCUCUUGUUUCCCUGGACCAGGUUGUUUAACGGUUUUUAGUUCGUUUUUUCCUAAUGGACGCAGGUUUAGACCGGUGACGUGUUGGAUUCAUUCGUUCUGAGCCCGACACGAUUACUGAGGAAUCUGUUGGUACUUUUAAUAAUUUAUUUGAUGCUUAAGGUUGUCUUUAUUUUAACACUGCAUGAAAACAAGCUUUUUAUCCUCCUUACACCUAGCUGGUCUGCCAGUACUGAAGCACGUUUACACUCGGAGCACCUUGAUUUGACUAAUUCUGUGAGCACUUUUGGGUUCUGGUACAACUGUGACCUUCAUCGCAUGACUCCAUCAGACCUCAAGUCCUUUAGAGAUGUCUAUAUUUUCUACCCGCCUCGUGCAGUCUUCAGAGUUAAAGCACGUUCCUGAAAGGAGAGAAGAAAGUAGUUUACAUUACCUUAAGCUUUAAUGGACAGGUGAAUCGUGUCAUAUUGAUCAUACAUGGCUACCGUGUUAGCUGUCUGUCUGAGGAUGAUGGUGGGAUUUUCAGAACAAACGUGUGCACUGUUCAGCUAAAAUACUGUUGUUUUCCUUUGGUACUGUUGCCGUGUUUUUUAUUAAAUACUGGAUAUGCACUGACAUAAUAAACAUGGUCCAUAAACUGCA